AGAAAUAUCCAUUGCUUGCGUGAUUUAUCUGGCGUUUAAGAUUAUGGGCCGCGGUAGAGCGAAGGGGAAGAAACUAUCUGUAACUAACCAGGAAGAUCCUGGGAGUGGCGAGGAAGAGAAAAUUCCUGCACAGAAGAGAAGGGGAAGGCCACAGAAAUCACUUAAAGAUGAGAUAGACGAGGACAAAACACAGAAAAUAGGAGAUGAAGAUAGUGAGGACACGAUAACUGUUGUACUGAACAAAGAAAUGAGAGGUUCAAAUGCGGCACAGAAUGGGAAUAAAAGAAAGAAGAACGGCCAAUUGAAGGAGAAAGCUGAUUCAGUUGAAGAUGAUGAUGAAAACGGGACUAGAUCAAGCACAGAGGAUUCGAACAAAUCAAAUGGCUUUUGUCAAGUCCGCAAUAGGCGAAAAAAUAAACCCUGUCGAGCCGCUGAAAUGAUUGCCUUUUCUUUUCUUCUUGGUGAUUCUAUUAAGAUCAUGCACCUGGCCUUCAAUCUCUUUGGGGGAAUUUUGCUGUCAAAAUUUCAGUUCAUCUGA